AUGGCUCGCCGCCGUGUGGCACUGCUGGGUGGAGACCGAGCCAGCUUUGUGAAUGCCUUGCCGGCAAAGCCGCACGGAAUCAAGUACCGAAAGCACUCGGUGAAAGCCGGCCACAUCGUUGGCACGGAGGCGGACAGCGAGUCCGCCGCGCGCGUCACCGUCGGUCUGCUGGGAGGUAUCUCGUUCUGGUGGUUCAUGUACUGGCUUUUCUUCAAGGCGAUCGAGCACAUCACCAAGAUCGUGCAGGGCAAUCCCGAGCUGGAGAUUGCCACCUUUGUAUUCUUCAGCAUAUUCCCCAUGGUCCUGGCACAGAAAGGAUUUGUCAAGUGGGGGGUUGACAGACCGCUGCGAAUCCUGGCGAGGUAUAUGCCUACUGUCGGACUUCGACAUAUUGUGCUGUCUGCCAUUCCUGGGAUGCACAACGUGAUGACGGGACUGCUGGUCUUCUUUGCAGUAAACUUGCUAACUGCUGCGGUGCCCGAAGGCAUGCACUUCGAGUUGCCGCAGAACCUGAAGGCUCUCCUAAUGGAGAGGAAUCUGAGAAGUCGGCUGAUGCUCGUGCAGACGAUGGAUCCUGAUGGCAACGGCAUCCUCACAGGUGUCGAGCUAGAGAGUGUGGUUCAGAACUGUUCGGUGAAGAUUCUGACGGUGCUGAUGUACUUGGAGGCAGGCCUGUUUGGCCUUUAUGCUCUGGCAAAGCCGAAGAAAUACAAGGCUGUUGGCAACGAUGUCAUAGACGUGUACUGGAGGAGCGUUGAGCAAAAACUUCCAAAGGCUGUCGUUCUCAGCGUUCUUCUGUAUUCUGCCAUCUUGCUGACCACUGUCUCUGGUGUUCUGAAAACAUUGGGCUUCUCACCCAGGAGCAUCCUGGCCCUGGGCGGGGUGAGCGGCUUGGCCUUUGGCUUGGCCUCGCAGAACCUCGUCGGGAACUUCAUGUCAGGCAUCUUGCUGAUCGUAAACCGCCAGUUCACGAUUGGCGACGUCAUAGAAACGAAUGGCAUUACAGGAAAAGUGAUGGCAAUGGGCUGGACCUUCAUCGAGAUACAACGUGGAGAUGAUCUGGUUAUGCUGCCUAACUCCCAGGUGGUGGGCACAACUGUGAUUCAGAUCGGACACUUCUCCCAAGAUGAAGGCGAUACAGCUACAGCCGUGGAGUGA